CGUUAACAGCCACCCAUCACUCGUCGUCAGCCAUGUUGUUGGUGUGACACAGUGAGCUGUCAGCAACAGGUUCUCAGACUAGUAUCGCUGCUAAACUUUAACAUUUCUCAGACAGUUACUGCUCUCUUUGGAUACUAAACCUCUACAGUGUUUCUGGGGAACCUUCCAGAAGUGGUGGUUGAUAACUUCAGGCCCCUGGAAAGCUCAGAAGUUGAUGUUUUUUGGCCGUGGUGAGAGAGAUGGCUGCGAGCAGUAGCUGAGGACGCCAGCAGGAGUUCCCCCUCUCUGUCUCUCUCUGCCACCUGCAAAUAUGAAUGGUUGUCCAAGUGUAUGGGCGAUAAGUCCGGAUGAGAGGGGAAAACAUGAUCAGAAGUUUGACACCCUCUCCCCAUCAAUGGGUUAUGUCUCAGGGGAGCAGGCAAGGAAGUUUUUCCUCCAAUCAGGGUUGCCUGCUUCAGUUUUGGCUGAGAUAUGGGCUCUGGCUGAUAUGAAUAAAGAUGGGAAAAUGGACAGGUUGGAGUUUUCCAUCGCUAUGAAGCUCAUAAAGCUAAAACUCCAGGGUACACCGCUCCCCUCAGCCCUGCCAAUCAUCAUGAAGCAGCCUCCAGUGCCUGUUCCCGGCCUCAAGAACCCCACCUCAUCCAUGAUCAAUCCAGCCUAUGGUAUUGGUUCUGUGUCUAACAUGCCCAUGGCAAGGACAAAUCUCGCCAUGUUGACCCCUAUCUCCAUGGCAACCCCAGGAGUCUCACCUUUGACACCAAUGACAGGCCUUGCCCCUUUGGUUCCUACAGCAACAGGCCUGAGCCCUCUAAUAGCCCCCACCCCCGCCAGGCCCCUGAUGCCCACCAUGGGAAACGCCACACUGCCAAACGGCACCAUGGGAAUUCUCCAUCCAAUCCCAGCUGGAGUUUUGGCCACUGGCUUACCUCUAUCUGCGUCCACCUACUCCUCUCCACUAGGACUCUCCUCUUCGCCUGCUGGUAUACACAAGGCCUCAUCACCUCUGGACCUGGGAUCUAGCAGCUCCGCUUCCUCAUCCCUUUCUGUGAUGUCCCCCAUGGUUGCUGGUCCCAGUGACUGGGCCGUGCCACAUGCCUCUAGACUUAAAUACAGACAGCAGUUCAACAGCCUGGAUAAACACAUGACUGGAUACCUCACUGGUCAGCAGGUGAGAAGUGCCAUGGCAACCACGAUGCUGACUCAGACACAGCUGGCCUCCAUCUGGACUUUAGCAGAUGUGGAUAAGGACGGCAAACUGAAAGCUGAGGAGUUUAUUCUGGCAAUGCAUCUGGUAGACAUGGCGAAGAGCGGACAACCACUGCCGCUAACACUGCCAACUGAGCUGGUACCAUCCUCACAAAGGGGAACAGUGAAUGGAUCCAGCUCUACUCUCUAUGCAGCUCUGACUGAUGACUUGGACAUAGAACCUCCACAAAAAGCCAAGACCAACAUGUCGUUUGAAGAUAAAUUCAAAGCCAACUUGGAACGAGGGAAUGCAGAACUGGAGAAAAGACGACUUGCGUUGCAGGAGGCAGAGAGGAGGGAGCAGGAGAGGCGCGCUCAAAAGAAGAGAGAGGAGCAAGAAAGGAGAGAGAGGGAGGCCCAGGAGGCUGAGGAGAGGAGGAGGAAAGAGGAAGAGAGGAGGCUGGAGCGACAAAGGGAGUUGGAGAAGCAGAAAGAAGAAGAGCGACAGAGAGAGAUAGAAAGAAAAGAGGCUGCACAGCGGGAGCUUGAGCGUCAGAGGAAGGAGGAGUGGGAGAGAAGGAGGCGAGGAGAGCUCCAGAUAAAGAGGGAGCAUGAGCAGGAAGAUAUCAUCAGAUUGAAAGCUAAGAAGAGGAGUCUGGAGAUGGAGCUGGAGGCUGUGGGUAACAAGCAUCGUCAGAUCUCAGACCGGCUGCGUGACAUUCAGAAUAAGAAGAAGCUUCAGAGGACAGAGCUGGACCUGACCAGUCAAAGGAAAGAGACACACCAACGAGACAUUAACAACUUGCACAAACAGCUAGAGGAGUUCCAGAGGAAGUUGUCCCAGCUGACUCCAGAGCAGAAGCGACUGACAGAGAAACUCAAAAACAUGGCUCUGAAUAACCUGCCUGUGUCGACCAUGUCCACCCUGAAGGUGGGCGUAUCAGAAAAAAAAGGGACGUGUAUGAAACUGCGAGCGCAGCUGGAAGCUCUAGAGAGAGACACUGCUGCCAAACUGGCUGAGAUGGACCAGUAUCACAAGGACAUGCAGGAACUGAGAGAGAGCCAAAUAAAGCAGCUGGCAGCAUUAGAGAAAUUACGGAGUAUCAAAGAGGACAAACUGCGUGAGCUGACUCAAAGGAAGGAGCAGGAAGAGGAGAAGAGGAGGAGGGAAGAGGAGAGGAAACGACAGGAGGAGAGGAGGCGGAAGGAGGAGGAGGAAGCUCAGAGGCGCAUUAAGAUGGAAAAGGAGCGUCAGUGGCAGGAAAAGCUGAGGAGGGAUGAAGAGGAGCGUCAGAGGAAGCUUCAGGAGGAGAGAGAGGCAAAAAAGAGGGAGGAGGAGGAGAAAGAGAGACAAGCUCUCAUCCAGGCUGCCAAGGAGCAGGCCGAACGAGAGCUCAGAGCAAAGGAGGAGGCAGAGAGGAAGAAAAGAGAAGAGGAGGAGCGUCGGAGGCAGGAAGAGCGUCGGAGGCAGGAGGAGGAGAGGAGGCAGCUGGAGGAAGAGAGGAGGCAGCUAGAAGAAGAGAGGAGGAAAUUAGAGGAAGAGCGGAGGAAAGAGGAGAAGAGAAGGAAAGAAGAGGAGGAGCGACACAGGAGGGAGGAGGAGAGAAAGAGGUUAGAGGAGGAGAGGAGAGAGGAGGAGCGUAGGAGGGAGAGGGAGGAGGAGGAGAGGAGGAGACAGAGGGCGGCCGAGGCUGCCAUCCGAGAUGCAGAGGAGAGGAGAAAGCGAGAGGAGGAGGAGAAAAGGAAGAGAGUGGAGGAGGACAGGAGAAAGAGGGAGGAAGAGAGGAGAAAGCUUCAGCAGCAGCAGCAGGAGGAGGAGAGGAGGAAGCGUGAGGAAGAAAGAAAGAGGGCAGAAGAGGAGAGGAAGAGAAAAGAGGAGGCAGAGGAGAGGAAGAAAGCCGAGGAGGAGAGAAGGAGGAAGGAGGAGACAUCUCGUCAGCAGCAGCAGCAGCAGCCAAGUGGAGGAGGGAAGCUGGAUAUUCAAGAGAAACUGACGGCUCUGCUGAGAGGACUGGAGGAGAGGAAGGGUGGACAACCCAGGGCCACACAACACAGGAAGUCGGCCGCUCUCACAUCCUUCAGAGCACUCUAUCCAUUCACUGCACGAAACAAUGAAGAACUUAGCUUCAAUGCAGAUGAUAUCAUCGAGGUUGAUGAGACGACAGAACGGGAGGAGGGUUGGCUUUAUGGCAGCAAACAAGGGAAGAUGGGCUGGUUCCCAGAGAGCUACGUGGAGAGAAUAGCCCCAUCAGACAUGGCUAAUAAUAAUACGGCUGCUGCUGCUACUGCUGCUCCUAAAGUGCCGCUCCAGUCUCAGCUUUCCAAUGCCCUUGAGGCUGCCAAGGCAGGAGGGACAAAGUCUGCCUUUACACCAACACACUCUCCAAACCUUGCACCCUUGGAGACACAAGGACAGCAGGUGGUGGGUAACCUGCUCGCCCAGGCCCUGUGUUCAUGGACAGCAAAGACAGACAACCAUCUGAACUUCAAUAAGGACAAUGUCAUUCAGGUGCUGGAGAAGCAGGAGAACUGGUGGCUGGGAGAGCUGAACGGUGAACGGGGCUGGUUCCCCAAGACAUAUGUGAUGCUGCUGGGAGAAGAAGAGAGUUCAGACAUGAAGAGCUCUCCUCCUGAUGCUUUAGAGUCAAGCGACAGCCUGCAGCUUGAAGAAUACAUGGCAUUGUACACCUAUGAGUCGCCGGAGCCCGGUGAUCUGACGUUCAAAGAGGGAGAUGUGAUUUUGGUGAGCAAGAGAGACGGAGAGUGGUGGAAUGGCUCUCUAGGUGACCGCACAGGCGUCUUCCCCAGCAACUACGUCAAACCGAAAGAGACAGAUACAUCGAGCACAUCUGGAAAGAAGAAGCCAGAGAUUGGCCAAGUGAUUAGGGCCCAUUUCUCUACUGGCCCUCAUCAGCUGAACCUGGAAAAUGGCAAGCUCAUCCUCAUCCUUGGCAAGAACGCCUCUGGCUGGUGGCUUGGAGAACUGCAGGCCCGUGGUAAAAAGCGACAGAAGGGCUGGUUCCCUGCUGCUCAUGUCAAGAUAUUGGGAUCCAACAGCGGCAAGUCCACACCAGCACCCCAGCCAGUGUGUCAAGUGAUCGCCAUAUACGACUACACCGCCGCCAACGAGGAUGAGAUGAGCUUCUCUAAAGGUCAGCUGAUCAGCGUUCUAGACAAGAACAACCCUGAUUGGUGGAAAGGAGAGAUCAAUGGGGUCACUGGCCUGUUCCCCACCAAUUACGUUAAGAUGACCACAGCGGAUUGCGACCCCAGCCAGCAGUGGUGUGCAGACCUGAACAGCCUGGACUCAAUGAGCCCCCAGGAGAAGAAGAGACAGGGUUACAUCCAUGAGCUGAUAGAGACUGAGGAGAGAUACGUGGAAGACUUGAAUAUAGUGCUGGAGGUUUUCUAUAGGCCUAUGUCAGAGUCAGGCCGUGUGAAUGAUGCAGAGAUGGCCAUGAUCUUUGUCAACUGGAAAGAGCUGCUGACUUGCAACACUAAACUUCACAAGGCACUACGUGUUCGUAAGAAGACGGGUGGGGAGAACAUGCCAGUGCAGAUGAUUGGAGAUAUACUGGCCGCGGAGCUGUCCCACAUGCAGCCUUACAUCCGCUUCUGCUCCUACCAGAUCAACGGAGCCACACUGCUUCAGACUCGCACCGACAGCGAGCCGGAUUUCAAGGACUUCCUUAAGAAAAUCGCCACAGACUACAGGUGUAAGGGCAUGCCGCUGUCCAGCUUCCUGCUGAAACCCAUGCAGAGGAUCACACGCUACCCGCUGCACAUCAAAAACAUCCUGGAGUGCACUGCAGAGGGCCAUGCUGACCGAGGUCCCCUGAAAGAGGCUCUGGAGAAGGCAGAGGAACUCUGUCAACAGGUAAAUGAGGGUGUAAGAGAGAAGGAGAACUCUGACAGACUGGAAUGGAUUCAGAACCACGUACAGUGUGAUGGUGCUGCGGAGCACCUGGUCUUUGACUCUCUUACCAACUGUUUAGGCCCCAGAAAACUGCUCCACAGCGGCAAGAUGUACAAGGCAAAGAGCAACAAGGAACUGUGGGCUUUCCUCUUUAACGACUUCCUGCUUUUGACUCAUUCGUCGAAACAGUUCACCUCUUCUGGGCCCGAUAAACUGUUCAGCAACAAGAACAAUGCACAGCUCAAGAUGUACAAACCGCCCGUGCUGUUAAAUGAAGUUCUGGUGAAGCUGCCGGAUCCUUCCAGUGACGAGCCCAUUUUCCACAUCUCACACAUUGAUAGAGUUUAUAUACUCAGGACUGACAACAUCAAUGAACGGACGGCGUGGGUUCAGAAGAUCAAGGCUGCAUCUGAACAAUUCAUUGAGACAGAAAAGAAAAAAAGGGAAAAGGCCUAUCAAGCUCGAUCUGUGAAGGCUAGUGGAAUCGGCAGACUCCUUGUCACCAUCUUAGAGGCCACUGAGCUCAAGGCAGGAAAACCCAAUGGUAAAAGUAACCCUUAUUGUGAAGUGACCAUGGGAGCUCAGAUCUUCACGUCCAGAACGCUCACCGACACUCUGAACCCCAAGUGGAACUUCAACUGUCAGUUUCACAUCAAAGACCUCUACCAGGACGUCCUCUGCAUCACCAUCUUUGAAAGAGAUCAGUUUUCACCUGAUGACUUCCUAGGUCGGACAGAGGUUCCUGUAGCAACCAUAAAGAAAGAGUUGGAGAACAAAGGACCAGUGAAGCGACGUCUCCUGCUGCAUGAGGUUCCUACAGGGGAAGUGUGGGUCCAACUCGACCUACAGCUCUUCAGCGGCAAAUAGACAUGUAGGAAGAACUGAAAUAAGAAACAGCCUCUUCUACCAAGGCAUCCAAAUAAGGACAACUAACCAAAUCAGAAAAGCUGCUUUUUUGGCACAUAAACAAAGGAUGGUUCCCCCCACGUGCCUAGAAUGGACUCCAAGAGGGUUCCCAUAUCAAACAAUACACCCUUGAACUGUGUUUCACACAUCAGGCCUUAUUAUUUUAAUAUUAAACAGCACUAAUAAUACCUCUUAUUAUGUCAUCCGAAUCUUCCAGUAGGGACCACGGCCUGAGUGACAUCAUCUGAACCCACCAAUAGCAAUUAGAGCUCUUUUGUUUUCCGCCUCAUGAUGACAUCAGUUGGAAAGGGAAGCUCGGUCAGUGCAGGAGUUUGCGCGUGUAAGAUAUUUGCACUCUGAAGGAGUUAAAAAGAAGAACUAUGGCCUGGCUUCUUAACCAGUGGCUGUAAUAAAAUUUAUAACCUUUAGAGAAAGUUAGAACUAUUAAUACAGCAAUAAAACUAUAAAUAUAAAGGUUCUUCUCUGUUCUCCUCUAGACUCUCGCAGCUCUGUGUCUCAGUCGCUUCUCAAGUAUUCAGUCACUGAUACACAGUUUGCCAAGUCUGGUCAACCAAGGCCAUUUAGUUAAAGUUAAAGUAACUAGUGUUUUCUCUUAACUUUCAAGAUAUGUAUAUGUUGAAGAUGUAUAUUUUUUCUGAGAAGGUCGUGACUGAUGGCUUACAAGGGACUCUGUUGACUUGCUUUAUCAUCACUGAUCAUAAGCUGUCUGGUCUCAGUGACAUUAAGGGAACCAUAAACAGUAGAUGGCAGAUGAUGGACAGCAACAGGAAAUGCAUUGGACAGCCUGGACGAGAAGUUUUUGUGAGUAGCUCUGGUCUGGAGUCAGUUUACUACUGUAGAUGCGAGAUCUCAGGAUACAUUGUUCUGGGUUGAGUCACUGUAACAAUACUGAACGCUUAUUUUGUUUAUCUGGUGUGUGUGUGUGCGUGUGUGUGUGUCUUUGGAAUGUGGAAGUGCAGAGAUGCUUAACAAUUAAGAUACAGGAACAUACAAAUAUCUUCAGCUGAGGGCUCUUGAGAUGCUGCAACUUUUGGAGUUGACGUAUAACUUCUGUCAUCUUUUAACUGUUAUAAAAUCUUUCAGUUUCUAAAAUCACUUGAUUUCACUGGGAUGUCGGUGUUCUUGUAUGUCUUUUUCUUUGCUUUUUCUUCAGCCAAGGCCAAGUAAUUUCUCCAAGUGGAUGUGCAAAAUAAUCUAGGUGAAAAAAUGGCAGAGGUACAAAAAGCUGUGUUGAUGAUCGUUCCUUCUACACCUCGAACUCCUUCUCCAGCUGAGUCUGCUCUUUCUGCCUCACUUUUCGGUUUAGAGGAUAAUGAGGGUGUCGGUAUUUUGAGGUGAAACAGAUUGUCAGUUUGUCGGCAAUAAUAAAACAGUAUUUACUCUCUUGUAUUUUUGUUCUACAUUUUUACCCUGCUAGAUUUUAAGUGUCAUUCUCCAGUCGCUGCCUCACUGACAGUAAUACUGUCCAUCUCUGUUGCCUCAACAAGCUGCCCAUUAUAAACAUCCGCCAUUAAAACUUUACAAGGAUAUAGUUUUAUAAAAGCUGUAUGUUUAAGUUGUCGGUUGACUUUUUUUUUUGUCUUCUGCCUUGUUUUUACUCUUUUGUCCUUUUUGUCCAGUUGCUCUUCUAACUCUGAGAACCUGCUGGUGCUCUGAAUAUUAAUGAAAAAGUGUCGUAUUUAUUUCUUAAUUUAUGCGUGUGUGACUAUCCAAAGGCUUGGAGCAGCUUUGCUUGCUCUGUCAUCUUGGAUAAUCAGUUGGUAUCCACUGGGUUUGCUUUGAACAUAUGUGACGGCAAAUAUAAAAAAUGUGUUCAUCUGACACAUGUCGAUACUGUUUUGAAAAGCAAUAUAACAUCAUAGAUGAGUCUUCUGCGAUUGAGUUUUACUGUAAGUAGACUGGGUCACUAGUCCUUUUGUUCGGCUUGCUGUUCUGUGCUCAUGUACUCUGUUGAUUUGUUUUAUUCGAUCAACAAAUCUGUUUUUUAGUCUUUUAAUUUUGAUGUUUUUUUGGUUUUUGUUUUUUUUUAAAUUGUGGAACGUGUGCAAAUAGACUGGACUAUCUUCCUUGUCUGUGUAGGGUUGAUAAAGUUUGUCUUAUGUUUUACUUUUUAUUUUCCGCAGCCUUCUCAUUGACAGCCUCUCUAACUCAGACCGCAUGUUCACAGCUGAUCAGCCUGGAGUCUGUAACCUGCUGUUUGUACUCACUUUGGCCUUUACGUGGCACUCUCUGUUUCAGGGUUUCUUAAGUAAAAUUAA